AUGUCAGCCUGGUACUACAAAACCCGCGGCCCAGUCUCCAAAGUCCUGACCUACACAAAAGACUUUCCCACACCAAAACCCUCAAGCCUCGCCCAAGACGAGGUUCUAAUAAAAGUAGCCUACACGGGCUUCACACCCACUGCAAGCGCGCUAACAGCCAUCAUCCCACCCUGGCUUCAAAUAGACGGCACCGCAAUCCCUGAGCUAAUAUUCUCAGGCACCAUCGCCGCGCUCGGUAGUAAUCGCAUCCUAUCUUCGCGGCCAGAACUACAAGUGGGCACACCUGUCUUUGGAGUCAUAUCCUUAGGCAUAUUGCUGCGCCGUGGAUCUGGUACGUUGGCGGGAUAUUGUCCCUGUCCCGUUGACCGGUUGAGUGUUGUUCCCGUCGGGAUGGAUCUAGAACAUGCUGCCGCGUUGGGUGGGAAUGGGGUUACGGCUGUCCAGGUUGUUGAUGCGGCAGCUGUCAAAAGAGGGGAUAAGGUUUUCGUUAACGGGGGAAGUGGGGGAGCGGGGUCGAUGAUUUUGCAGGUUAUGAGGCAGAAGGUUGGCGAGAGUGGGGUUGUCAUUUCGAGUUGUUCGAGUGGGAAUAUUGGGUUGGUGAAGUCGUUGGGGGCUGGUGAGGUUAUCGACUACCGUCAACAUGAUCCACUGCAUGAGUACUUGGCCAAGGAGCAUGCCGAGUCUCGUUUUGAUGCGAUUGUGGAUACGGUGGGUAUUCAAGAGCUUUAUAGCAACUCUCCCCGGUAUCUGCGGGAAGGGGGCCGGUUUGUCAAUAUUGGUGCUAUGCAGGUUCAGUCGGCUAAUGGAAGUCUGUUGGCUUUUGCUUGGGGGAUGUUUUUGAACGUGGCAUUGCCUGCUUGGCUGGCGGUACACCUCGGUCGUAUCAGAUGCUUAUGGGAACGCCUGGGGUGGAUGUUAUGGCUCGAGUGA